CCAGGAAGUGGGUCGGGUUAUUUAUAUUUCAACGCCGUCCCCUUGUCCCCAUGAGAGAACCAGUGUUAGUAACCUGAAACUAUAUAUUCAACUGUACUCUGGUUAGGUUGAAGGAUCCAGGUUAAAACAACUGGUUUGAACUUUAUUAGCGACAGGAUGCAGCAGAAAAAGCAAUAUAAUUCAGGGUAUAGAGUCUGAGAGAGCUGAAGUUGACCCCGUGAGAGAUUCAGCGCCGGCAGAGGAGCCAGGAUGAAGCUCAAUGAGAAGAUUCUGACCCAUUUUCUAUCCUGCACCUCUCCGGUGGAUAAGGAGGGAUAUCUCUAUAAAAAGGAGAGAAAUGGUACCUAUCAUCGACGGUGGUUUGUCCUGAAAGCUAACCUGCUCUUCUACCAGGAGCGUCCUGCUGAUCGACACCUUAUGGGAGUCAUCGUGUUGGAGGGGUGCACGGUUCAGAUGUUGGAGUCUGAUGGGUAUUUUCCCUUCUCCCUGGAGUUUGGAGCUGGAUUUAAAUCCUACAGGUUUGCUGCAGGAGAUGCUCAGACUCAGGGGCGCUGGAUGAAAGCGUUGUUCCUGGCCAGCCACUGUUAUCUGUCCUGUCUGCUGAGAGACCUGGAGAGGCAGUAUGAAGAGGCUAAACAGCAACAAGAAUCUAAUGUCCCCAGCUCCUCUUUCAAAUCCCUUUGUCCACCAACAAACAGCCUGCUGGUACCGACCCUUGGCCCCUCAGCAGCGGUCAGGGAGGGGAGAAGCUUUAGCGCCACUGCUGCUUUACCGCCACGCUCACUACCAACUAAAGUGACAGGUAAAAAGUCCCCGAAGAAGUGGCCGAGGAGAAAUGCUUAUGUGACACCACUUAACGGGCCUGCACCGCUAUAUGGCGAAUGGCCCUUGGUGGGGUCUGAUCCACUGGUGGAGUUUAGCAAACUGCAUGCCUAUUAUGGCAAGGAGGUUCAAAAUGCAAGAGAAGAGUGGCUGAGGAGUCGACAAACAGAGGAGAACCACAGUGAAAAAGAUCUUAUCGAUCUGGGCUAAAAAAAAAAAUGAAAAAAGGACUGAAACCUUUAUAAAGGGAACUGAUAUAAGUUAUUCACGAGUGUCAAACAGGAACUAAACCUUAACUGAAGCAUUGAGUUUUACUGUGCAGACUUUCAUUGGUUUAUGCUCUGAUACCCAUUUUAUGUUCAGUGUUAAACAGUUUAAAACAUUUACUAGAUGUAUGAAAGGGCUGAUGUGAUGUGAUGUGUUUGCAUAGCUGUGUUUGUUAGAUAUAGGAAGCAGAAAGUGUGUUUGGUGCAUUUGCACCUCUUUAAAGGCAGGUUAAAUGUGUCUUCUCUGUUCUUUCUUUGCAGUAUUUACCAAGCAGUGUUAAGUAUGUUUGGAUGUUCAAAAAUACUUCUGCAAAUUUUGGGAUUGAUCCAUAAUUUUAUUACCAAUUGAGUUGAAAGCCAAUUGCAUAAUAAGUUGUUUGGGAAAAUAAAAACUAAAAUCAUGAUCAUAAGUUACUGUUUUGACUGUCAGGUGCCCCAGCAACUGACUGGAGUAAAUUAUUUCUGUUGUGGUAACGCAAUUUUUUUUCCACUGCUGUUGCCUAAUGGCACCACUUUACGAUAGUAAUACCACCCCAUUCACAUAUCGUCAUUCAGGACCAAGAUAGAUUAUUCCAUGAAGUUGCUAUUGCUUUUGUCCAUAAAUAACUGAUGCUUGCAUGUCAAAGGUCCAAAGUUUGAGGCAAAAAAAUUAUUUAAAAACAAAAAGAAGAUGGAGACAUUAUUAGCAACAAGUAUUUAUUUCUUAUCUGUUUUUCAAAAAGCAAACAAUAUGUUUUUAAUUGAAAGUGUUUGAGCUGUAUAGAGAUUAACUGAGCCCUUACCUAAAGCUGUGAGGAAAUCAUUUGGGGAAAUGCAGUUAAAGGUGGCAUUUUGGACUUAGUUUAGAAAAACUCGCUGACGUUCCAUCUAAGGUGGAGACCAGUAGAUGGAGCUGCAGGGACAAGAUAAGGGAAAUAUAGAACCACUAAAUGCAGCUUCUGUUUAGAGUAUUUCUUUCUUUAUCCACACAAUUACACCAUAACCUUUUGAUUCUAGAGUGAAAAUGAAAAAGAAAACGUAUUUCAUGUCUGUGAAGAGUAAGAUGCAGCAAACACAAACUUUAUUUAAAUGAAACAGUGUUGCUACGGA